AUCUCGGCGGGCUCGGCGCGCGCGCCGAUAAAGGGCUCGCGGCGGCGUUUGACGUCACGGGGAGUUAAUUUUAAACCUGGACAAGAUGGCGGAAGGGGACGCGGCUCGGUUCGGGCAGCGAGUAGAGCUGCCCCGGCUACAGCCUGACUUGGCAGGGGAAAACUUUGUGGACGCAGAAGAGAACGCCUUUUUGGAUACUGAUGAAGAGGUGGUUACAAAGAAGCCAUGCCCAAUACAAAUUGUUCUUGCUCAUGAAGACGAUCAUAACUUUGAACUGGAUGAGUCAGCAUUGGAGAGAAUUUUGCUUCAGGAACACAUAAGAGAUCUCAAUAUAGUAGUUGUUUCUGUAGCUGGUGCAUUCCGUAAAGGCAAAUCUUUUCUCUUGGACUUUAUGCUUAGGUAUAUGUACAACAAGGAAUCAUCUUCUUGGAUAGGUGGAAGCCAAGAGCCUUUGACUGGGUUUACAUGGAGAGGAGGGUGUGAGAGAGAAACAACUGGAAUUCAGAUUUGGAGUGAAGUGUUCGUAAUUCCCAAGCCUGAUGGGACAAAGGUUGCAGUAUUGCUAAUGGAUACCCAAGGUGCCUUUGAUAGCCAAUCAACUAUCAAAGACUGUGCAACUGUAUUUGCUUUGAGCACCAUGACAAGUUCGGUCCAGGUGUACAAUUUAUCACAGAACAUUCAAGAAGAUGAUCUUCAGCAUUUGCAGUUGUUUACAGAGUACGGAAGGCUAGCUAUGGAAGAAAUUUAUCAAAAGCCAUUUCAGACACUAAUGUUCUUAAUUAGAGACUGGAGCUAUCCUUAUGAACAUCCAUAUGGCUUAGCUGGAGGAAAACAAUUUCUAGAAAAAAGGUUACAGGUUAAGGUGCACCAGCACGAAGAGCUCCAGAAUGUAAGGAAGCACAUUCACUCAUGUUUCAGUAAUCUUGGCUGUUUCCUGUUGCCACAUCCUGGUCUUAAAGUCGCAACAAACCCAAGCUUUGAUGGGAGGCUAAACGACAUUGAUGACGACUUUAAGAGUGAGCUACGGAAUCUGGUUCCAUUGCUGCUUGCUCCUGAAAACCUGGUAGAGAAAGAGAUCAGUGGCUCGAAGGUGACAUGUAGAGAUCUUGUGCAAUAUUUCAAGGCUUAUAUUAAAAUCUAUCAAGGAGAGGAACUGCCUCACCCUAAGUCAAUGCUCCAGGCAACAGCAGAAGCCAACAACCUUGCUGCAGUAGCUGGAGCAAAAGAUACUUACAACAAAGGAAUGGAGCAGGUUUGUGGAGGAGAUAAGCCUUAUAUUGCUCCUGCAGACUUAGAGCGAAAGCACCAAGAUCUUAAAGAGCUUGCCAUAAAACAGUUCCGUUCUGUGAAAAAGAUGGGAGGUGAGGAUUUCUGUCGCCGUUACCAGGACCAGCUUGAUGAAGAGCUCGACGAAGUCUAUGCAAACUUUGUGAAGCACAACGAUGGCAAGAACCUCUUCUAUGCUGCCCGUACCCCUGCUACUCUCUUUGCUGUUAUGUUUGCUAUGUACAUAAUCUCAGGACUGACUGGCUUCCUUGGAAUGAACUCCAUAGCUACCCUAUGUAACCUUGUAAUGGGGGUUGCACUCGUCUCCCUUUGUACUUGGGCAUACGUUAAAUACUCUGGGGAAUUCAGAGAAGUUGGAACACUCAUUGAUCAGAUGGCUGAGCUACUAUGGGAUCAGAGGAGUCCCAAGAAGGUGAGAAUAUCAGUGGGGACUGUCUUUAACACCCAGACUGCUUUCCCCUUCCCCCUGCUCUCUGCCAACUGCUUUUCUAACAACUCGCUUCCAUGUUUUAGGUGUGUUCCAAAUUCUUUGAAGUUGUUAGACGUCGAGUGAUUCGCCGUGCUCUUACCUCAGCACAACGGCAGCGGCUCUCAUCCAACAAUAACAAGAAGAAAAAUUAGCCAGUAUUUUUAACCUUUUCUUUCUCUUUUCUUUCUGAAGCGUUCACACUUAACUCGCAUAGACAAUAAGCAGGACCAUCUGGCCCACUUUACGUAAAUGAUAUAAACAUACCAGGUUGACGCUGCAUUAUAGGGUAUGAAAUUGCACCUGAUGCUCUAGGAAUUGUAAAGUGAUUUGGAUUCAGUCAAAUACUACAUAGGAGGAAACCACUUAAUGCUCUGGAAAUUAUUAACCAUAUGCUGGUAGCCAAACUCAUCUUUUUUUUCUUUUUGUAUUAUACUUUGGGAUGCAUUUCAUACAUGAUUUUAAUUUGUUUUUCUGUCUAAUUUUUUAU